AUGGGCAGUUUCAAUAGAAAUUCUAUGAAGUCUCUAGAGCUAUUCUGUUUCAAGGAUGAAGAUGCCCAGACACUCCUUGGACAAAUAAAAUCCAUGGAUCCUAGAAUGCACCCUGGUUCGAAAUUAGUUUCUGUUGGUCUUAGCAUGGGUGCUGCAAAUAUAAAAGUGGCAGGAACAGAUAUGAACAGCAAGAGCAGCCGGUCACUUAGUGUUUUCACCUGCAUUAUGGAAAGUCAUUGGGAAAAGGAUUCCGUGACUCACCUUCGGUUUGGAAGGUUAAAUUUGGUAGACCUGGCUGGUUCUCAAAGGAAUGAAUUGCUUGUGUAUGAAAUCUACAUGGCAGAUAAAAGAAUUAGGGUUAGUUGGAAGUCGGAAUUGGUGGACAAAACUUUUUUGGAAGCAUGUAUACAAGAAUUAACAAGCAAUGGCCGGGAGGGUAGCGGACUAAAAGCAAGCUCAUGGGCUGUGGUCGCGGAGAAAUUAAAAACAGAUCAUAAUUUUAUUGUCGACAAAAAACAAAUGAAAAACCGAUAUGACUAUUUAAAAGCAAAGUAUGCAGUGUGGUUAAAACUUAAAAACAAAACAGGAAAUAUUUAUAAUCCCGUUAUGAAUUCUUUUAACAUGACUAAUGAAGAAUGGGAAGCGGAAGCGAAGUUGAACAAGUAUGUAGAUAAGCUGAGAAAUGCACCCCUCCCUUGCCCUGAACUUUGUACCCAACUAUUUGAUGGGGCGACCUCGACCGGUGUUCACAGUUGGGGGCCAUCUUCGACAUUACCUCAUCCCAAUGAAACCUUCAGUACACAUGAUUUUGAGGAUACAGAGAUGGAUGAGCCAGCACCUCAUGCAGAUACCCCAAGCUCAACAGUACCUCAACCUACUAGUGAGGACUCAUCUGGGCAGACAAAAAACAAGGGGGGCAAACGAAAUGGUCCUAAAGAAACCACACUUGAUGAGUUGAAAGAAGUUGGAAAAGAGAUUAUCAAGGCUGCACAAGCAUUCACCGAAGCAAAUAAUCUUGACAAGGAGAUGGAUGCUUGUAUGGCGAAGUUGACAAGAUUGGAGUGGGGAGAAUAUGAUCCGAAAUACACCACUGCUCUUAUGUUAUUUGCUGAAAGUGCUGGACAUAAUGAACGUUUUCGAGCCGUUAAAGAAAGAUUUCAUCACUCCACACAAACGAUUCAUCAAUGUUUUCAUGAGGUCUUACGUGCAAUGAUGUGUUUUGCACGAGAAAUUAUAGUACCAACCUCGUCUAAUUCAACAACAAAUACCUCAGAACGAUAUAGACGGCUAAUGCAGAUAUUUCCCGGAGCAAUAGGUGCACUAGAUGGAACACUUGUACAUGCAGUUGUGCCUGUUGAUCAACAAACUCGUUAUAGGGGAAGAGGAAAAGAUAAAUAUUACCUUUGUGAUGCCGCAUACACCAACACUCGUGGAUUUAUGGCUCCCUACCGCAAUACUAGGUAUUGGUUAGCCGAUUUUCGAAGAAACAGAGCUUUGACUAAGGAAGAAAUGUUCAAUCAUGCUCAUGCACAACUUAGAAAUUACAUUGAACGUGCUUAUGGUGUAUUGAAGGCGAGAUUUCCAAUUUUAAAACAAAUGGCUCCUUAUCCUUUUCCAGUGCAAAGAGACAUAGUCAUUUCUUGUGUUGCGGUCCAUAAUUUUAUAAGGAAAUAUGAUAUUGAAGAUGAAUUAUUUACGAACUUUGAACAAAACACUAUGGUUAGUCAUAAUGUGGGUGGUGGAGGAAAUGAGGGUCAAAACAUAGAAGGCAUAGAAUGGGGUUCAGAAGCCGUUAACUAUAUGACUAAUUUGCGUGACCAGAUUGCUAAUCAGUUACUUUCAAAUGGUUCACGUUAA